AUGCCUUUACAAAAUGCGAGAAUAAACAAACUCAAGAAUAUUUCUAGAAGACUGCUUGAGGACACACAAGAUGAUAAAGAAGAAUUCAAAAAAAGAACGUGUCAUGGUAUCCAGAAUGAACCUGUUCAUUUAGAAAGCGCAAAUACACCAACGACACACCAGACCUCCAAAAAUCAUUGUGAAUCAACUCGCAAUGAAGAAGAAAUUAACCAAAAUGCAAAUGAAGAUAUUUCUACCACAAUCUUGGAUUUAAUAUUGUGCCUUCCCAAGAAAUCACACCUAAAGAUCACCAGAAAGCUGAACAGGUUUCUUAUUACCUUACCUAAAACAGUAGGAUAUUCUUACCUUAUAAUAUCAAACUAA